UAUUUAUCUUUUUUUUUUUUUUUUUGCGAGACAGCUCACAGGAAUGAGACUUGCAUGUUCGAACAGGAAUGAUAUGAUUAUGUGCAGACGAUCGAGAAGCAGCAGUGGGAAACACUGACACAGCGUAAUAUGGGGAAUAAUCCCUGUAACGUGAAGAAGAGUAGACAGGCGGAAAGAAAGGGGGGAUGAGAAAGAGAGAGAGGGGGAACGGAAGUGAGUGAAACUGAUUCGUGUGACUCAGUUUUCCAAACUGCCGAUAUAAAGCGCAGCGUGUGGACUCGCGUGUGGACUCGCCUCAGGAUCAGCGCUCCGGUUCUGCGCGGACGGACGGACGGACGAAAUGGACGCCAUGCUGGGAAACCCGGUGUUCUCGUGCUUCGUGUUCUACAGCACACUGUUAAUCCUAAAGAUGUACACCAUUGCUGUCAUCACUGGACAAGUGAGACUGCGGAAAAAGGCUUUUGCUAAUCCAGAGGAUGCAGAGCGCCAUGGAGGAGUACAAUUCUGCCGUACAGACCCAUACGUGGAGCGCUGCAGGAGAGCUCAUAUAAACGACAUGGAAAAUAUCUUACCCUUCCUGUUCCUGGGUGCCAUCUAUUCCAUGACAGGGCCAUCACUGGUCGUAGCAAAAGGUCACUUCCUGGUCUUCUUCGUGGGUCGGGUCAUGCACAGCGUGGCCUACUUGUUCGCCCUAAAAGCUCCAACACGCUCACUCGCCUAUACCAUCGCUCAAGUUCCCUGUGUCUCCAUGGCCAUACAGAUUCUUUUUACUGUGGGCUUUAAUGUAUGAGUUUGUCCAGUUCUCUGAUAAGCAAAAGCUAAUAUUUACUUCCACACCGUAUAUUUUUGGUGGGACGCUUAUAUUAACACCAAGGAGCAUCGUGACUCACCAAGCUUUUAUGAAAACAGUUAAGAUGAUACAGGUCUCUUAUCAUUUCAUUUUGUUAUACUUAUAGGAGGGCAAGAGUUAUGGAGGCUUGAGUAAGACUUAGUUUCCUUAAACUGGUGAAACUGUUUACAAAGCAUGGGCCACGCAACAAAAUAUCCAAGCUCAGUAAAGGCGAUUUCAUUAACAGCAAAUCUGUUGUUAAAGCAUUUUUUAACUUAGUGAAUGUUUGCCAUUUUAAAAGAGUCUUGCAGAGUUUGGACCUUGCACAGCUAGUAUAGUAUUAAUAAAUGUUAGCAUGUGCUACAUUGUUAUGUUAGCGUAACCGUUUUGUGUGUUUGCUUCUGGCUACUUUGCCAUAAAAAGAAUGACAAACGCUUUGAAUAUGAAAUAAAAAUAGGUGAAACAAACCAGUGAGUUAAAGCUGCACACAUUAGCAACUACUAGAGCAACUAGGCAAGUGCUAGACUGCUGCUAUGUGGUACAGUGGCUUAGUGGCUAGCACUGUCUAUUUCACACAUCAAGGGUUGAGGGGUUGAAUUUCACCUCAGGUCUGUGUGUGUGUGAAGUGUGCAUGUUCUCCCCAUGCUUGGUGGGUUUCCUACAUGUACUCUGAUUACUUAGCACAUGGGAAAAACAUCUGGAACAGUGUGGGCCUUUCAAAUCUAGUGUAACAUUGUUACUAAAGUCUUAUAAAUUAUAGCACUCAUGGCAAAGUGUGAAGAUUAUCAGUCAUCCACUUCUGGUUAUCUGGAAGUCAAGUCAUGUCAACUGAACUUCUUACUUGUUAGCUAGAAACAUUCCACUACUCAUCCAUGAAGAAGCUACUUGGAUGAGUCGUGAACCGUUUCUAGCUAAUAAGAAAGAAGUUCAGUUGACAUGACUUUACUUCGGGCUUUUUUCUACAAUCCAAAGAUAUUGGGAUGAUUUAGGUUGAAUGGCGUUGCCAAAUUGCCAAUAGUGUGUGAUUGUGUGUGUGUGAGUAUGUAUGUGCCUGUGCCCUGUGAUUGGUUGGCACCCCAUCCAGGUUGUCCUCCUUAUCUCUCCAUCAGCUCUCUUCUUAGCCGCAAAAAGCCAUCUCAGUUUCCUGACUCUUUCCAGAUAACACACAAGUCUCAUCAUGACAUGCUUGAUUUAUGGCUCAGUUGAAUAAAAAAUCUAAUGAAGAUCUAAACUUAUCAGUGUUGCAAGACAUCAUUUGGUCCCUGAUAAUCUUUGCAGAAAGCAGAUAUGUUUCCUUGAUGCCUAUUUAAUCGAUGUGACCUAUUUUUUAUAUAGUUUUUAAAUCUGAUAUCUUACAAAACACACACACAUACAAACAAAAUCCGAAAUAGUUUACUAAAAUGGAAAGAGUGACAGCUUAUUGAAAAUCACAGACUUCUAGCUAAUUGAACAUGAAGAGUGCCUAUCACAAGGAUAAACAUAAUUUUCCGUUAUUUUUAAUAUUGCAGUAAACAAUAAAAGUUCUUCCGUAUAACCAAUCUUGCUUUCUUAGUGUUCGCAUACUGAUAGCAAUGCGGUGCAAAGUUGACAUCAUAUCUAAAACAACGACCUGAUUAAAAAUGAAAUCAAGCGCAGAUUAAAAAGCACGAGUAGAUUAAUGCAGGCUUACAUUUCUUUUUCUUACUGUAAACAUCCUGUGUAGACUUACUAUUGAUAAUCAGCAACAAGCUUGUAAUGAUGGAUAGAGACUGAACCUUUCCAUUUUUACUUCUCAUCUUCUGUUGAAGUUUUUUGGUUUGUUCUCAUGUUUUGCACUUACAGAUCACUAGAGGAAACAUGCUUGACAAAAAUCAGCAACUACUCUAAAAGUCUAACAUUUGAAAGCUAGAAUAAAAAUAUUAAAUGUGCAUUAGGAGUGAUCCAGACCAAUGUUGUGCUGAUGUCUUCCCAAUUAGCAACUGGUGCUUACUUUUUCACAAUAUAAUUGGGUCAGCAUUGCUAGAUGUAAGCGUGCUAUCAGAUUUUUGCUGUCUUUUUAAUACACCGCUUAUCUUUCUCAUUAGCCCUGUUUUCCUGUUUUGACAUGUUUUCUCCACUUUGUGCAUGUUCUGCUUCUAUUUAACAUGAUUUUUUAAAGGUCUUGACUGCAUAACCUAGGACCGUCACAGAAAGCCGAAUUUCUCUCAGCUUCUGCUUUUAUAUAUCUCAGAAUAAUUUAAUUAUAAUAGUUUUUAUUUGGUAUUUUGUUUUUUUUUUAAUCACACAAUACCGAUGUUUUCAUUUCUUAAUCAAACAGUGCCUUGCGCAUUAGGCCUAGCAUGCUUGAUAUUUAAUAGUAGCGAAUUGUAUUGACAUUAAACGCUUGUACAGUGUUUUGGUGCUGUAUUUUUAUAAUAUAAUUGUAUAAAAAAAUUAUCCAUAUUUUCUAGCAUUUUUUUUUUCUAAAAUGCUGAAUAGGUUGAUUUCUGUAUGUGUAGUACCAAACAAAAUAAAUCUGA